UCGUUAUUUCGUCAAUCAAGCCUUGAUCAAGCCCCAAGUCCCAGCCCACGCAUUUUCCUCCCAUCUUCGGCUGAUUGAGACCUAAUUAGAAAAGCACGACUUGAAUGCCAAGCAAACAAUAAAGCCCCAACACAAUCGACCUUUUCAUCUUAUAAUAAAUUCUCGGCCGAAUAUAUAGUAUCAGAUAGACAUAACUAAUUAAGUCCUUCAUUUCUAUCUGGUUAGUUAUUAUUCAUGGAGAUCUUUAACAAGUACAAAGCGGUGAAGCUCCGGAGCCACCUGGAGAAGUAUCUGGUCGCCGACGAAAAUCAAAAGACCGUACGACAGAGCCGGAGGGGAAGUAACUCCAGAAACGCGAGAUGGACGGUGGAGCUGGUCGAGAACAAACCCCACGUCAUACGACUCAAGAGCUGCUACGGCCUCUACCUCACAGCAACCGACAUGGCGUUUCUGUUAGGCGCCACCGGAGAAAAAGUGCUCCAGACGGAAGCCGAUAGGCUCUGCGACUGGAAGUUCGAGUUCGAGCCUAUAAAAGACGGGUUUCAGAUCAAGUUCAGAACAUGGUGCGGGAAGUACUUACGAGCCAACGGUGGACCGCCGCCGUGGAGAAACACUGUUACACAUGAUGAUCCAACCACGUCGUCAACGAGGAAUUGGAUUUUGUUUGACGUAGAAGGGGCGGAGGUUCCGGUGUCGGAGUCCGUUACGGACUUUUUGCUGUCGCAGCAGUCGAGUUUUUCAUCGUUUAAUUCCGAUGAGAUUGAUAAUGGUACGGAGUAUGGAUCGCCGAUGGUGGUUUUUUCUCCAAGGUCGCCGAAGACGUCGUCGGUUUUGUCUAAGAGGUCGUUUUUCUCAGCCAGGUCGCCGUGGAAUUCUCCGAAAGUUUCUUCAAAACAGCUAUUACUUCAGCAGACCAAUUCGAACAAGUUCCGUAUCGGAAUGGACCUCUUCCUCAACGCAAAGGCGGUGCGCCUCCGCAGCCACCACGACAAGUACCUCUCAGCCGAAGAAGACGAAGAGUCCGUCACCCAAGACCGCAACGGCUCCUCCAAAACCGCCAAGUGGACCGUCGAGCUCGUACCCGGAUCCGACUCCGUGAUCCGACUCAAGAGCUGCUUCGGCAAGUACCUCACCGCCUCCAACCAGCCCUUCCUUCUCGGCAUGACCGGCCGCAAAGUCCUGCAGACGCUUCCCAGCCGGCUCGAUUCUUCUGUCGAGUGGGAGCCGGUCAGGGACAGGAAUCAGGUGCGGCUCAAGACCCGCUACGGGAACUUCCUGCGGGCCAAUGGGGGCUUGCCACCGUGGCGGAACUCGGUGACUCAUGAUGUUCCUCAUAGAACAGCCACCCAGGAUUGGGUUCUGUGGGAAGUUGAUAUAGUUGAGAUACAGGUGCGGUCUCCGGCGGGUAGACCCGCCGGGCCUCCGCCGCUUCCGCAUUCGGACUCUUUGGAUUUCGAGUCCAGCUCUCCGUCGGCUGCUUCAGUCAAGUCAUCGGCCAGCUUCACAAGACAAGAGUCGAAUGAUUCUUUUGUGGAGUCGCCGCCGAAGGUGGAAGGGAGGACUAUAUACUACCAUAUAGCGGAAGAUAAUGGCGAUGUGGAUGAUGAAGCUGUGCAGGGUUACUCUAUGAUCUUUAAAGGAAAUGGUGUUGAGGAAUUGACUCGUAAAUUGGAGGAAGAGACGGGGAUUGAAGGGCUUGUUGUGUGUGCUCGAAGCCCUUUGAAUGGCCAGCUUUUCCCUCUUCGAUUGCAGCUGCCUCCAAACAAUGUGACUAUGCAUGUUGUGGUGAUCUUAUCUUCUUCAAAAGCGGCUCAAGAUCUUGUGAAAAAAGGUUUAUUAUGAGAGAGGCACCGGAUUGGAAUCACAGUUUUGGUCAGGCAACAAUACCCCAUUCCAUGAUCUGUACAUAUUUAGGAACUCUUUGCAUCGGUAUACCUUAAAAAGAUUCGAAUCAACCGUAACGGAAGCCCCCUUUAGUUGAUGUCUCUACAGCUAAACAUAUGCAGUCCAGUUGAAGGACAUAUCGUUCUUCGUUGUGCCGCAAGGACGUACUAGUAUGGGUACCCUGAAAUAAUGCUUGUUUUUGGGGAUUUCUGGAAUCUGUAAAAUUCAUAUUCUAAGCGUAUCAGCUUUGAGAGAGAUGUGUUGUUAGUUUUUUCUUUGGAGAAAUGUCUGAUUGGUUUUUAGCUGUUAAAUUAUUAGCGGAUUUUUUUAUUUAGUUGAUGUGCUUAUUAAGUAUACUCUGUAUAUAUAUGUAAUGCUAGUUUCAAAUC